AUGAGCUCCAACAGGUCACAGGCUCAAACUGGAGCAUACAGCUCUCUUACCGCAGGAGCCGCUGCGAACCUGCCAUUCACUUCAAACCUCACGCACUACCUGCGCCAAGAUCAAAACUUUGAACGAAUCCCUCUGGGGUUGCCCACCAGUCGCCCGGCCGGAAGUAGCUACACGGGACAAGCUGGUUACUCAAACCGGACGUCAACGAGGAGCGGGAACAAUGGAUCUAGAAUUUAA